CCCACCCAAUGCUGAGCAAGUCGUGUAGGCGAUCCCUCUUUGUUCCCUUUAAGGAACACCCAUGUGCAGUUCUAAUCCAGAACCCCUGCAGUGGGUUGCCUGGCCGGGUGGGGCUAGGGGUCAUUGUUGGAAGAGGAGCCUGGUGGGCCAAGAGGAGAAUCAGGACGGGUCCGUGGGAAUUUCCCCUCGUUCUUAGCCCCUUUUCUUCCCCUGGAGACUUGGUCCUCAGCUUCAAAGAGAGCGUCCGGGAUGUUUAGAGCCAUAUUGGCCAGAGGCAAGGCAGCCAUCAAGGCGUGAACAACUCCCAGGAUGUCUCAAGAGACCGACUUUUGGAUGAAACAGCCUCUGACGGAGGAGCGCACUGCCCUGAGGUUGCACAAGCUGGAUCAGCAGCGGCAGCUAUUUGAGAAGAAGCAACGACGGAAGCGCCAAGAACCACUCAUGGUUCAGGCCAAUCCAGAUGCUUCUGCGGGGUACCGGCGACUGCAGUCGGAGGGCUUUGCUAGCUACACAGGACCUGCUCUCCAAGAAUGCGUGUCAGAGCUACAUCCGGACUCUGAUAUCCACAGUGCCUUGUGCACCUCCGUGAACUGUAGGAGAGAUGGCACCAUGGAAAGUGCCUACCACCAUAGUGAACCCCAAGCUAUGGAAGAUGAAUACCACGCGUCCGGCUGGGGAUCAGCCUGUGGAAUGGAUGGUGACAGGAGAAGACAUGGAGACAUAUUCUGCAAGAAUACAGACCUGGAAGAGCAGCAAGAGGAGUUGCACUAUGGGACAAUGAACUCCCGAGCGGUGGAGGAGCAUGAGGAAGUGCCCAGGGCCCUGGAGGAUGAUGACGGCCACCUGGUAGGGACCAUGGCCAGCUCGACCCCUCCGGAACUGAUCCCUCAGCCGGGCGAGGACCUGAAGUCAUACAUUCUGCGGCCGGUGCUGGAGGGCUGCAAGAUGCAGUGCUGCAUCUGCCGGGACCAGCGGGGCCUGGAGAAGGGCCUGUUCCCGGUGUACUACCUCUACUUGGAGGCGCCCAACGGCUGGAAGCACUUCCUCCUGGCUGGGCGCAAGAGAAAAUGGAGUAAAACUUCAAAUUAUCUCAUUUCCUUGGAUCCCAUGGACCUAUCCCGGGAUGGGGACAACUUUGUGGGCAAACUCAGGUCCAACAUCUUGGGCACCAAGUUCAUCAUUUUCGACAAUGGGGUGAAUCCUGAAGAGAAAAACUCCUACCUGGAUAAGACCCGCAUUAGACAGGAACUGGGGACGGUGUGCUAUGAACCCAAUGUCUGGGAGUCUCGGGGACCUCGAAGAAUGACUGUGAUCAUUCCAGAAGUCAACAGCCACAACCAGAGAAUCAGGGUCCAGCCAGAAACUGAAGAGGAAUCGCUACUGAGUCGCUUCCAAAGAGGUGUCAGACAGGGGCUGGUCCUACUGCAAAACAAAACACCGGUGUGGAGUGAUGAGAAUGACGCCUUCGUGCUCAAUUUUCACGGGCGAGUGACUCGGGCCUCGGUUAAGAACUUCCAGAUCAUCUACCCCAAUAAGCCCGACAAAGUGGUGCUGCAGUUUGGCCGCGUGGCUCCAAAUACAUUCACCAUGGACUUCUGCUUCCCUCUUUGCCCACUCCAAGCAUUUGCCAUCUGCUUGUCCAGUUUUGAUGGGAAGCUGGUCUGUGUAUGA